ACCAUCCACUAUGCUGCUUUUACCAAUGUUUUAUGAGCAGCUUCUAUCAAGUUAUCAACAUCAAAUAUUCAUUAGAGCAGAGAGUAAUAAAAAACAGAGAACCUACCUUCCCCUCUCUGCUCCCCCUCUGCAACUCCCAACCAAAUAUACUCCACUCCCAUUCCCAUUCCUCUCUCUCUCUCUCUCUCUCUCUCUCUCUCUCUCCACAUUAUCUUUCUGGUCACCAAAACAACCAUAUCUGCAGUUGUUUACCCUCUCUCCCUCUCCUACUACAUACCUUUUUGUUUCUUACAUUUAUACGCGGCAGGGAUGUGAAAUUGCAGAGACAAUCAUGGGGUUCACUGCACAAAGCCUCCACCUUUCCUGCACAUCCACUCUGUUCCUUCUUCUUCUUCAAUUGACUUCCUCUGCUGCUCUAAACUCAGACGGAACCCUCUUGCUCUCCUUCAAAUACUCUGUCAUCGGCGACCCAUUAUCAGUUCUCGACAACUGGGACUACACGGCCGACACUCCAUGCUCAUGGACCGGCGUAACUUGCGCCCGAAUCGGAACCUGGUCACCCGACUUAUUCCGGGUGACCAGCUUAGCCCUCCCGAGCUCCCAGCUCAUGGGCUCGAUCCCGGAAGAAUUGGGCCAAAUCCAACACCUCCGCACGCUAGAUCUCUCCAACAAUCUCUUGAACGGAACUCUGCCCGCUUCUCUCUUCAACUCCUCCGAGCUCCAGGUCCUUUCUCUCUCCAACAACAUGAUCUACGGCGAGCUCCCGAGUCUCGCCACAGGCCUGUCUGGCCUUCAGUUCCUCAAUCUCUCCGGCAAUGCCUUGGCCGGAAAAAUCCAAGGAAAUUUCUCCUCUUUCCAGAACCUGACUGUUGUUUCUCUGAAAAGCAACUAUCUCACGGGUUUUAUUCCCAGUGGGUUUGAUUCUGUUGAGGAUCUCGACCUGUCUUCGAAUCUGUUCAACGGGUCUUUACCUGAUGAUUUUGGCGGGGAGAGACUGCAAUUCUUGAACCUUUCGAAUAACAAGAUUUCAGGCUCGGUGUCUUUGAAAUUCGCGGGAAAGAUUCCGGCGAACGCUUCCAUCGAUCUCUCGUUCAACAACCUGACAGGAGAAAUCCCACAGUUGACAGCGUUGGCUAAUCAGAAAGCUGAGACGUUUGCCGGUAAUAUGGAUCUUUGCGGCAAGCCUUUGAAGAAGCAAUGCACGGUUCCUUCGACACUCUCUGGCCCACCCAAUGGUACUUCGACUACUACUACUCCAGCAAUUGCGGUAAUACCCAAAUCAAUUGAAACAAAUCCAGUGACGAGUACGCAUGGAACAACGACGCCGAAUGGGAGUCAAGGUCAGCAAAGUAGUAAGCUAAAGCCGGGGACAAUAGCCGGGAUCGCGGUCGGAGAUUUCGCCGGGAUAGGGAUUCUUGCCGUGAUUUUCUUGUUCGUGUACCGACUGAGGAGGAAAAACGGAGCCGGCGAGGGUGAACCGUAUGACGAAGUGAGCAAAGAUCAAGUGAAUGGCCCAAAAAGUGAAGUGAUCCAAACGGCGUCGAAAGAAUCGAAGGGUGGUCAUGCUACUUGGUCGUGCCUUAGUGUUAUGAAGAGCGAAGAGACGUCGGAAGCGGCUACCGGGUCCGAAAGUGACGAAAACAACACCACCAAACCGGUUGGUUUUGCAAGAGAGCAUGAGAAGAACAGGGAAGAGAAAGAGAGGGCGGCGCUGGUGAUGGUGGACGGGGAGACGGAGAUGGAGAUGGAGACGUUGUUGAAGGCGUCGGCCUACAUUUUGGGGUCGAGUGGGACGAGUAUAGUGUACAAGGCGGUGUUGGAGGGUGGGGCGGCGUAUGCGGUGAGGAGGAUCGGAGAGGGCGGCGUCGAUCGGCGGAGGGAGUUCGAGAACCAGGUUAGGGCGGUGGCUAAGUUGCGCCACCCGAAUCUGGUGCGGGUCCGGGGGUUCUAUUGGGGAGAUGUUGAGAAGCUCGUUAUUUACGAUUAUGUCUCCAAUGGCAGCCUCGCCACCACUGGUGGUUACAAAAAGAUAGGUUCCUCUCCAGGCAACCUGCCAUUCCAAAUCCGUCUCAAGAUAGCAAGAGGAGUUGCUCGUGGGCUAACCUACAUUCAUGACAAGAAACACGUUCACGGCAACCUCAAACCCAACAACAUUCUCCUCACCCCCGACAUGGAGCCCGUAAUCAGCGAUCUCAGCCUUGAUCGACUCAUCUCCGGUAACCACCACCACCGCAACGGAUCCGGCGGAGCCACCCGCCACUUUGGCAGCAAGAGAUCCACUACCACCCGCGAUGGCGCUCUUCCACUAGACCUCCCAGUAAGCUGCAGCCCCGGUUUCGUGGGGUGCACGUCUCCUUAUCAUGCACCCGAGUCACUCGAAAACCUUCGGCCCAACCCGAAAUGGGACACGUAUUCGUUUGGUGUUGUUCUGCUUGAGCUUCUAACCGGGAGGGUUUUCUCGGACCGGGAGUUGAGCCAGUGGACCGCCGGUUCGGUGGCGGAGGAUAAGGCCCGGGUUCUAGGAAUGGCUGACAUGGCCAUUAAGGCCGACGUGGAAGGCAGGGAGGAUGCCAUCUUGGCAUGCUUUAAGCUUGGGUUUGGCUGUGCUUCCUUGGCUCCACAGAAAAGACCCUCCAUGAAAGAAGCCCUUCAAGUUCUUGAGAAAUUGUAUGCGUUUGGUUCUGCUUUUAGGGGUUGCUCAUAGUUAGUAUUGUUUGAUGAUAUUGUAAGUUCUGGACCCAAUAUGACUUAAAUAAGUUGAGAAAAAAGUUUGAUUAUCCAAAGUUAUGAGAUGUUUCAAAUUUUUUUUUGCUUGUAA